AUGCGAGAACGCAGCCAGGACAGCCAGGCAGGACUCACGCUGUAUGUAGGACUCUUUGGGCACCUGGGGAUGCUUCACAGGACCAAGUACAGCCGCUUUCGGAACGAGUCCAUCACAUCUUUGGACGAAGGGAGCCCCGGAGGCUCGGUUGGAAACAAGGGCGCAUCACCGCCUCCCUACCCAGCCCUGGCCCCUCACCUGCCGACUGAAGAUGCCACUGUACCCAGCCAGGAGAGCCCCACCGCGCUAUGCACCUUGAUUCCCCGUAUGGCAAGCAUGAAGCUGGCCAACCCCAUCACUUUUCUGAGUCUGAAAACCUUCUGCUUGGGUACGAAACAGGUGCCUCGGUUGAAGCUCCAAGAGAACCAGGAUCAGACUCCAAGCAGCCCAGCGUCCCCAGAAACCAGUCUAAAUAGGUCUGGGCCUGCACCUGCACCACAACAGGACCAGGUGGGACGCAGGCCCACCUCCUUGCGUCCUGAUUCUUGCCCACUGCCUGGCCCCGGAGAACCAACCCCCAGGAGCAAGCAGGACGGGCCCCCUCUCCAGCACCUGUUGGGGAACGGUCUGAACUACUGUGUGAGGUACAUGGGCUGCAUUGAAGUGCUGCAAUCAAUGAGGUCCCUGGAUUUUGGAAUGAGAACACAAGUUACAAGGGAAGCAAUAAGCCGCCUGUGUGAAGCUGUCCCCGGGGCCCAUGGAGCCAUUAAAAAACGAAAGGCUCCUGUUAAGUUCCUGACAACGGUUCUUGGCAAAAGCAAUCUGCAGUUUUCAGGAAUGAAUAUAAAACUGACUGUUUCAACAAGCAGCCUUACACUGAUGAACCUUGACAACCAACAGAUUAUUGCAAAUCAUCAAAUGCAAUCGAUUUCAUUUGCCUCUGGAGGGGACCCUGAUACUACAGACUAUGUUGCCUACGUUGCUAAAGAUCCAGUCAACCAACGAGCAUGCCACAUACUGGAGUGUCGCAGUGGAAUGGCCCAAGAUGUCAUAAGUACCAUAGGGCAGGCCUUUGAACUCCGGUUCAAACAGUACUUGAAAAAUCCUUCCUCGAACACUUGGGAAAGGGAGGAGGUACUUGUUGAUGGUACCUCUGAAGACAGAGACCAUGACUAUUACAACUCCAUCCCAGGAAAGCAGCCACCUGACGGCGGCAUUUCAGAUGUGCGGAUCCAGGUUCAAGCUACAGACCAAACGGCUUACUGCCCUAUCCGGUGUGAAAAGUUGUGCUAUUUGCCUGGGAACUCCACAUGUAGCGGUGUAUAUAAGAACUGUAUGGGACGGAGCAGGCCAAUAGGUAUUCCCCACGAGAGAACGACGCAGAGUGAUGCUCCAUCACUGAGGCACUUCUGGCGAGUGGAUCUCUUUGAUGACCCCUCCUAUGUCAAUACACAGGCUCUUCAGAGUAUACGCAACUAUGCUGGAAAUCAAAGCUCAACUCUGCCACAAGGGAGCCCAUGGCACCUUGGAAAGGCACCAGAAACUGUGCAGCCAGGAGCCACAGCCAAGCCUGGGAGCUCACACGCUUUGCCACACAUUAGGCAACAACUGUGGAAUGAGGAGUGCUUCCAUGGCAAGCUGAGCAGGGGGGCAGCGGAGAAACUUUUGGUGAAGGAUGGGGACUUUCUGGUUCGAGAGAGUGUAACAUCUCCAGGCCAGUUUGUAUUGAGUGGACUGCAAGGCGGCCAGGCCAGGCAUCUCCUCCUGGUGGAUCCUGAGGGCAAGGUGAGGACCAAGGACCGUGUGUUUGAUAAUGUUGGUCACCUUAUCAAAUACCAUAUGGAUAACAGUUUGCCAAUCAUCUCUUCUGGAAGUGAAGUAAGCCUUAAACAACCAGUAAAAAAAUAUAAUAACACAGGACUUUUGCACUCCAAGAAAUGA